GCCUCCACUGGCCCAGCUAUCCCCGCUGCCGGAGCCUCAGACCUGGCUGCCACCGCCCCGGCACGCGAAGAAGCCCCUCCCCGCCUCAGUGGAGCUGCGGGGACACCUCUCACUUUCAUCAGGAUUCUUGAAAGAAGAAAAAAUGUCAGUGCUAACUCCUGGAAUCCAAUUUGAGACUUCAAAAGUCACCAGAAGUUCUCUUGACAGUUGUUUUCUGUUUGAAAGUAGUUGGAGGAAAGCAGUUCUAGAAACCCAAAAGAUGAGAAAAGAAUACACCACAGCAUUUGGUCUAGAAGAGCUCAAAGAAUGUGUCAAAAUGCCAUACUUACCAGGAUUGCAAAGUUGCCAAAAAAGCUUAAGUUCAUCUCCACUAGACAUCCAUAAAAGACUGCUGCAUGCUGACUCCGAGAUGCCAUCAAUCAGCCAUUCUAGUGAGAACAUAUCAUCUUGCUUGCAAGUAUUUUAUUCUCCUCUGCAUAUUGCACAGCGCCCUGUGAAGGAACAGCCUUGGCAGAGCAGGAUAAAGAAGACCAAGGAGGCAUGCACUGUGGUACCACUUCAGGAAAAAUCAAAAGGACUCUUGAGGCAUUCUAAUUCUUCAGUCAGUUUUGGUUCUGGCUUCAGUGAUCCUUUCCCUGGAGCACCAUCUCAGUACUUACAGAGACUUUCUAGAAUGGCCAUAUUGGAAUAUGAUACUAUUCGUCAGGAAACAACUAGAAAAUCAAAAAAAGGCAAGAAACGAGAGCUACGAGACUGCUGAUAAAUAUACAUUGUGAUGCUUUCUUCACUGACUUUUAAGUUUUCUAUUUU